GUGGUCGUGACGGCGGCUGGUUCUUCAAGCCUCUGGUCUGGUUCUGGAUCGUGUUUGGUCUCGCAUACUUUGCCUCCAUCCUCACAAUGAUAGGCAACUGGCUGAGGGUGCUGUCUAAGAGGACCCGCGCUGAGAUGGAGGAGUUGAGGGCCCACGCUACAGAUUGGACCCAGAACAUCCAGAACAUGUCCAUGGACUUCCGCAUCCCUAACCCUCUGGAGUUCAACGACCCUUUCCUCCUGCAGCGCCGCCGCUGGAAACGCAGUGAGCGCCGCCGCAUCCGCAGGGGGGGCGAGGGAGCGCUGGGGUACCUGUCCCGCGGAGGAUCUGAGAACGGACACCUGCCGAACCGAUGGGCCACCCUCUCCAGCUCCAUGAGCCGGCUGGAUGCCGUUUCCUCUCUGGAGAGGGCGCUGGUGGCCAAGUCCAGGCAGAGGGUCAGUGCUGCUGGAGGGGGAAUGGUCCCGAGGGUGGGGGCUCUGUUGAGGGUGGACCCCGCACUGGGCCUGCAGGUGGAGGGCAAGUCGUUUCCUCAUCGGCUGACCCGCUCCUUCUCCGUCCCUGUGGCCCGCUCCACCUUAGAACUGGACUCAGCAUGUGUAGCCAUGCAGGGGGGGUCCUUCUCUGGAUCAGAGUCACCUUUUGACUCCAGAUCAGAUGUCUCCUCUGCAUCAUCGUCCUUUUUGGCGCUCCACAAGUUGCAGCCCUGCCUCACAGCCAGCAAGAUGGAGGAGGGAGUAUCGAGAGCCGCAGACACGGACAAAGCACAAGAGAGAGACAAACUGAUUCCAGCAGAGAGAUCUGUAUCUGUGGUCAACAAGAGCCCAAAACAUGCAGCUGCUCCUGUUGUGGGCACUCGCUUCACCCCUCUUCACACUUCUUUUCCUCCUUCUCGCAAUCCUAUCCACCUCCCCUCCCCUGUCCUCCACGCUGCCUCUGCUUCCAGCUGCCAGCUGCUGGAUUUCUUCGGAGAAAACCUGGCGUACAUCGACGAGUCCUCGGACACUCUGAGCGACCGAGCGGGAGGACGGGAGGAGAGGAGGAGGCGGCCUCGAAAGCCCAAGAGGAAGAGUAUGAGGAGGCAGCUGUCGCACAGGCUGAGCCCCACACAGGUGAGGAGGCCCAGCGGUGACAUGCAGCCGCCUUCAAAUCCCCCCACACCCCCCCCAGACUCCUCUCUCUCAGACGGGCCUCGGUCAGAGAACCAGCCGACUCUCUGACAGCCCCCACACACACGGAGCCAAAGUCGAGGCAUGAGAGACGUAAUAAACAUUGGUGGUUUUACAUCACACCUGAAACUCUGACCACUUCAAACAAAAACCAUAUAAACAUUAUGUAUACGUGUUAGUCUCACCAUCAUGAAUGUAGCUGAUGUUCAGGAUAUUUUUGAGCUGAACUAAGUCAACCCACAUGUUUUGCUUUGUUACUCUGUAAUAUGACAAAGUUUGAUGGACAUUUGAUGGGAAAACCUCAAUGGGGGCUGUUUCCCUGCUUCGCUUCAGACUUAAAGAUCUAAGACAUUAAUAUAUUAUAAUCCAGGCUGAAUGACUGCAUCAUUUACUGAUCUUUGCUUCAGAUUUUAAAGCAAUUUAGCAAUUUGGGCUCUGUGUCUUUAAUGAGGGGAAUUUCAUCCUACUGUAACCAUUUGUUCCAACAUACUGUAUGUGAGCUCUACUCUGCCACAUACACUCUGACCAUUUGCAUGCAUUAAUAGAUCGAGCAAGUCCCACUAAGCUAUGAUAAAGAUUAUGGGCAGUGUGGCAAUCAGAGAUGGGGUCGUUACUAAAAAAAAAAGGUAAUAUAUUACAUA